ACCCUGCUGUUGGUUCUGGUACCUGCUGAGCUCCAGACGACUGUGGACCCUGGUACCUGCUGAGCUCCAGACUGCUGUUGGAUCUGGUACCUGCUGAGCUCCAGGCGGCAGUGGCCUGUGGGCGUGCUGAACCAUGAAGAUCCCUGUGUGGUGCCUGGUGGUGCUGCUGCCAUGCCUGUUCAGCCCUGGGCGUUCGGACUGCCAGGGCCAGUGUGUGGCCUGUGGUCUGAUCCUGCAGCAGCAGCAGCUGCAGCAGACCUUCAACACCAUGGUGUGUUUGCUGGAGUGUGAGGGUCAUGUGACCUCGUCCCUCACAUGGGAGGUGUGCAAACGGGCGGUCCGACCUUCAUUCCUGUUCAAGAGAGACGGAGAGCAGGUGGACGUGACCUCAGAGGGGGAGGAGCUACUGCAGGAGGGGGAGGAGCUGCUACAGGAGGAGGAGGGGCCGUCUGAGCAGCUGGGAUCCUCUGAGGAGGGUCUGGGUCUGGGUCUGGGUCCUGGUCUGGAUCUGGGUCUGAGUCUGGAUGGGGACAGGAAGCCCAGGGACGACUGGAACGCAGAGACCGAAGAGGACGAGGACGGCGUCUCCGAGGACGGCGUCUCCGAGGCGGUGGCGUUGUCCAAGCGCUUCGGGGGCUUCCAGAGGGGGCGCCACGGCUACAGGAAGCUGAUGGGCGGCGCCCCGCCUGUCCGGGCCCUGCAGAAGCGCUACGGCGGCUUCAUAGGAGUGCGGAAAUCAGCGCGUAAAUGGAACAGUCAGAAACGGGUGAACCAGCUGCUGCGGCAGUACCUGGGCCUGAGGAGCAGCCGCAGCGGCGCCAGGUUCAACGGCGGCGGAGGCGGAGCCAGCGCCGGUAGGGCAUGGAGGCGGAACCAGCUGUAACAGCGACACCCUUUGUCCAUAUGUCCAUCCCACCGGUACCGCAGCCAAUCAGCUGCCAGUCCAGUUUGAACAGUUACAUGACCAUGUCCAUCUUAAGGACCUGCCCCCAGGACUGUAUGACUGUCAUGUCCUCCAUGUUUACACACAUCAUGUCCAAUAAAAGGAUUACAGACGAGCAGUGAACGCACUUCUGUGUGGUGGUAGAAGGAGGUGGAGCACAG